AUGGCCACUACAACGGGAACCGUGACCGAGACUCUCCCCCCGAUAUGGGGGCAGAAGGCAGAUCCUUCCGAGGAGUUGGUUGAGAAUGCCCUCAAGGUCAACACCAAGCCCCUCUGGACGCAGAUGGCACGAUUGAACCCUCCAGAGCCCAACCCAAAGUGUGUCCCGUUCAUUUGGCGCUACGACGAGGUCAGGCCGAGUCUCCUCAGGGCCGGAGAAAUUAUCACGGAGCAGCAGGCUGAGAGACGGGUACUGAUGCUGGUCAAUCCCGCCAGAGAUGCUCCUUACACCACAGACACACUGUAUGCGGGUCUGCAGCUGGUGAUGCCCAACGAAACGGCCCGCGCGCACCGGCACACGGCCUUCGCCAUGCGCUUCAUCAUCGAGGGCCAGGGCGGCUUCACGGCGGUGCACGGCAAACGCAUCACCAUGCAGCGCGGCGACGUCAUCCUCACGCCCACCUGGAACUGGCACGACCACGGUAAGGACGGGUCGGGCCCCAUGAUCUGGCUCGACGGCCUGGAUUUGCCCAACUUCAUCCACUUCCCCGUGCACUUCGUCGAGCACUUCAAUCAGCCGCGGUAUCCGGCCGAAGACGUCGACUCGAACACCAGCCCGAUCGUGUAUCCGUGGACGGCGAUGAAGAAGAAGCUCGACGAGAAGAAGGGCGACUGGGCCGAGGAGGACUAUGUGAAGGACGACGGCAGACCAGUCUCCCGAAUCCUCGGUGGUUCUGCCGAACGUCUGAACGCCGGGUGCACGUCUCCCGCCGUGCGCGAGACCGCGUCGUCCGUCUACCACGUGGUCCAGGGCCGAGGAUCGAGCGUCAUCAAUGGGCAGACGUUCCACUGGAAGCAGGGCGACACCUUCUGCGUACCUGCCUGGAACAAGUACCAGCACACCGCUGCUGCUGCUGCUGAAGGGUCAGAGGAGCCCGUGUACCUGUACAGAUUCCACGACAAGCCCAUGUUGAAGGCACUGGGGUUCUAUCGUGUCGAAGGCGUCGACGUGGAGAGUCUGGUGUCGGAUUAA